GAUUCUUUUCAUCUUUACUAUUCACAAUCACUUUGGCAGAACAAAUCAUAAUUGCUUCAUUUCUAUUCGAGAAGUUCUUCAUAGCUUAAUCUACACGAACGUCAAGUCCAAGCUACACGAUGGAUAAUCUAACUGAGUGUCCCGUACCUCCCUUCUGGGAUAUCUUCGAGAAAUUUGUUGAACAAGGUGUCUGUGAUGCCUCAGAGUUCAGCAAUAAAGAAAUUAGGGAAACAGUUUCCUUACUCAGUACUGAUGGCACAAUGUCUCCACUUCAAUUUGAUCUUUCAUACAUCCUCUCGAUGGUACUCGGUUUCCUGGUAUUAAUGCAAUCAUCCCUCCUUUCGAGUCCAUCCAAUCUGAUGUGGUUAAUGACAUCUGUCCUUUCAACUCUCUACAAAUUCAUCAUGGAACCCUACAUUACAGUCUAUAAACUCGUCGGCCCCGGGAGACUUGCUUAUCUUGCCUUCGAAACAUUCUCGAUAUUCUUGUUCAUCGCCUUCUGUUGCUUAUACCGUGGUUCUAUUACAAGUUUGGGUUUGACAGUCAAAUUUCUUCCACGUGAAGCGGCCGAAAGUAUCAUCGGUGUUAAACUUACGGUUCCUAAAGACGAGAAAAAUCGCAUGUUGGGAGAGAACACGAGGAUCAUGACCAUCUCCACGGGAUUUAUCGACAAGUGCAAAAAGAUGGUAGCAAAUUUGCGUGCUAGUGUCAAAUGGACUCAUGCAGCUCUUGCAUUAUUUUUUGCGUUAAUUAUACAGAUACCAGCUGUGUCAGCGAAUGCUCAGUUGACACCCGGCAUUGUCUACCAAUGCUUCGUCUCGGCGGCAGGAGUUUCUCUCGCCUGCUGCCAGUAUAUGAAAGCAGCUGUGAUAUCGAUGGCUCAACGAAUGUCAGAAAUUCUCCUCUCCCAAUAUCAGAAGGCUAUGGCGAACCUUAGUAACAGCACCGCAAGUUUGAAUGAAAAAUUCCGUCAAGAAAUAAGGGGAGAAUCCCAUAGUAUGAAGGAAGUGGGCGGUGAAUAUGAAGUUGUUUAUGACAGUGAAGCGGCUGCCCGGGCGCGCUUUCGGUUUUUCAACAGGAUAGCGCGAGGAAUAUUAUUUUUUCUGUUCCAGGCUUGGUUUACUUAUAGACUUAUGCCUUAUAUAAGCCAUCUUCUGCGACAAAGGUAUAGACCUAGACCUCGGCAGUAGCCGAACAAGGGAGAGAUACCUUAGAAGCAAAGGGAAAGCAGAAUAGAGUGGAUGUUUGAUUGUCAAGACACCUACAUAGCUCAGCGAGUUAUGAACCAAGUUUACGAUGAUAUUUUCAGAAGGAUUGAUGUUUGACACCAGCAUCAAUAAGAAUUGUUACAGCUAGCGAAUAGAAAACAAUGGCAGCGUUGGAGAUAUCCA